AUGUCUCAUACUCAACCAUCGCCCACCACUGGUGUGGCUCCUCAUCACGCGCACGCCAUCGCAGCACACACCCAAGUGAACGGCCACAUGUCGGCCAUGCCCGCGCAAGGUCAAAAGAGUGUCUCCCUUACAACCGCCCAAAAGAUUGCUGCUCUGAAUGAGCAGGUGUGGAUCCAAAUUGGUAGCCUGACUGAACUGAUGGGUGACUUGGAUGGCUCUAUGAAUGCUUAUGAGCAGGCCCUGCGCCAUAACACAUGGUCCAUCCCGGCCAUGAACGCAAUUUCCCUCAUCCUCCGAACGAAAGAGCAAUUUCCGAAGGCAAUUGAGUACCUCCAAAACAUCUUGAAGUUGGAUCCGACCAACGGAGAGACCUGGGGUAGUUUGGGACACUGCCAUUUGAUGAUGGACAAUUUGCAAGAGGCUUACACCUCGUAUCAACAGGCGCUGUACCACCUGCGUGAUCCUAAGGAACCGAAACUGUGGUACGGCAUCGGUAUACUGUACGAUCGCUAUGGAUCUCUCGAUCACGCUGAGGAAGCUUUCUCGCAGGUCAUGCGCAUGGCACCAGAGUUCGAAAAGGCCAACGAAAUUUACUUCCGCUUGGGUAUAAUUUACAAGCAACAGUCGAAGUUCUCCCAGAGCUUAGAUUGCUUUAAAUAUAUUGUCAAUGACCCGCCCCGUCCUUUGACUGAAGAGGAUAUCUGGUUCCAAAUCGGUCACGUUCACGAACAGCAAAAAGACUUUGAAGCCGCUCAAUCUGCCUAUCGCCGGGUGCUUGAUCGCGACCCGAACCAUGCCAAGGUUCUUCAGCAGCUCGGAUGGCUCUAUCACCAGCAGAGUGCCAAUUACACUAGCCAGGAGAAGGCCAUCGAGUUCUUGGAGAAGUCUGUCAAUGCAGACAACUCCGAUGCUCAAAGUUGGUAUCUACUCGGUCGGUGCUACAUGUCCCAGAACAAAUAUCCCAAGGCCUACGAAGCCUAUCAGCAGGCUGUCUACCGUGACGGACGCAACCCGACCUUCUGGUGCUCGAUCGGUGUUCUCUACUACCAGAUCAAUCAGUACCGUGAUGCACUUGACGCGUACUCUCGUGCCAUUCGCUUGAACCCUUACAUUUCAGAGGUUUGGUACGAUCUGGGUACUUUGUAUGAAUCUUGCAACAACCAGAUUGCCGACGCUCUCGAUGCAUAUGGACGCGCUGCGGAUCUUGAUCCCCAAAACGUCCAUAUCAAGGCUCGCCUGCAGUUGCUUCAGAGCCAGCUGUCUGGUGCUGGGGCUCAACAGAACAAUGCUCCUGCACCUCAGCCGCAGGAUGUCCACCCCAUAACUUACCAGCCCGGUGUUGGUGGACCUCCGGCUCCCCAGUGGGGUGCUCCAGCCCCGAUUGGCCCCCCUCCUCAGGCACCCGCUCCUCCUCGUCAGAUCGCCGGCUGGGACCGUGGUCUCAAUGACAUACAGUCUGGGGGCCCAGCUCCUCCCAUGAAUGGUGGUCAUGAUUCGCGCGAGGGACCCCGAGUCGUGGGUACAUCCCUGACCAGCCCUCGCCAGGAGCCUGGUCGGGCCUUCCCUGAUCCCUCUCGUGGCCCACCCCGCUCUCCGAAGCUUGGUGGUCCUCCCGGUGCUUAUCCCCCGCCUCAUACCCUACCCCAGUUAGGAGGUGCUCCAACUCCUGGUCACGAGCGAGUUCUCAGUGGCGGUAACGGCUACGGAUCUGCUGUUCGUGGACCCCUUCCUCCCGCACCUACUGGCGCACCUACUGGGCCUCCUGCUCCUAGUGGUCCUCCUAGCAACGGCCCAGCACCCACUUACCACAGACCUUUUACUCCUCCGACUGAGAUUCGUCCCCUUCGGGAUGAGCGCCCGUCUUCUCCUGGAUCGGGCUACCCUCAUCAACAGUUCCACCACGGUCCCAGUGCACCCAAUCCUCCCAGUGCCUCAACUGGUAUCGCGUCUGGUGCCCCUCCUCCUGCAUCGGCAUUAGCAGCCGCUGAAGCCGCCGCUCGCGACCGCGAAGAGCGUCCAUCUUCUGCGAUGAAGCGUGGCCGUGAAUGGGAGGCGGAAAGCGGACCUGUGAAGAAACAGGCAAAUGAGGAGAGCCGUGCGCGUCUUGACGACCAGAACAGCCGCCGCGCAAGCCCACCUGCUCGCCUACCGUCUCCUGGUGAGAUGCAGCGACGCAGCUCUUCUGAAGCUCGCCGUGAAGAUGCCCGUCGUGCCAACGAGAACUAUCACCCCUCAGAAGCUGCCCACCACCCUCCUACUUUGCCCUCUAUCCAAACCAUGCCGCCCCAAACUGGUGCUAGCCUCCCGCCCAUGACUGAAGUCUCCGCUACCGUCUCGAACGGACCUUCUUCAGCUGCGCCCUCGGCCAACACUCCGGUCAAGGAAGAGCCUCCUCGUCCCGAGGCUCCUCUAUCUCAUGAGCCUGCUGCACGCAAAAUGGAUGUCGAUGAGGACUACGAUGACGAAAUAGAAGAUGAGAAAAAGGCAGGUGCGGCUGCCAACCGUAGCCCCAAUGGUAGCACCACUGGUAAUCCGAUCGUCACUCUCACCACCUCGACGACUAACGACAACAGGGCCAAGAUGAGUCACCGGAAGUUCGAAGCUCCCCGCCACGGUUCUCUGGCCUACCUGCCGCGCAAGCGUGCUGCCCGCCACCGCGGUAAGGUUAAGAGCUUCCCCAAGGAUGAUGCCAAGAAGCCCGUCCACCUGACUGCCUUCAUGGGCUACAAGGCCGGUAUGACCACCAUCGUCCGCGACCUUGACCGUCCCGGUGCCAAGAUGCACAAGAAGGAGAUCGUUGAGGCUGCCACCGUCAUUGAGACUCCUCCUCUCGUCGCCGUUGGUGUCGUUGGCUACAUCGAGACUCCCCGCGGUCUCCGCUCCCUCACCACCGUCUGGGCUGAGCACCUGAGCGAUGAGGUCAAGCGUCGCUUCUACAAGAACUGGUACAAGAGCAAGAAGAAGGCCUUCACCAAGUACGCCAAGUCCCACGCCGAGAACAGCGGUGCCUCCGUCACUCGCGAGCUUGAGCGUAUCAAGAAGUACUGCACUGUCGUCCGUGUCCUCGCCCACACCCAGAUCCGCAAGACCCCCAUCAAGCAGAAGAAGGCCCACCUUAUGGAGAUUCAGGUCAACGGUGGCUCCAUCUCCGACAAGGUUGACUUCGCCCAGAACUUGUUCGAGAAGACCAUUGACGUCGACUCCAUCUUCGAGAAGGACGAGAUGAUUGAUGUUAUUGCCGUCACCAAGGGUCACGGUUUCUCCGGUGUCACCAGCCGUUGGGGUACCACCAAGCUUCCCCGCAAGACGCACAAGGGUCUCCGUAAGGUUGCCUGUAUCGGUGCUUGGCACCCUAGCCACGUCCAGUGGACUGUUGCCCGUGCCGGUCAGGACGGAUACCACCACCGUACCUCUUGCAACCACAAGGUUUUCCGUAUUGGCAAGGGAUCCGAUGAGGGCAAUGCCUCCACCGAAUUCGAUAUCUCCAAGAAGAACAUCACUCCUCUUGGUGGUUUCGUCCACUACGGUGAGGUUAAGAACGACUUCGUUCUCCUCAAGGGCUCCGUCCCUGGUGUCAAGAAGCGUGUUAUGACCCUGCGCAAGACUCUGUACCCCCAGACCAACCGGAGAGCUACUGAGAAGGUCGAGCUCAAGUGGAUCGACACCUCCUCCAAGUUCGGUCACGGUGCUUUCCAGACCGCCGAGGAGAAGCGCGCCUUCCUGGGUACCCUCAAGAAGGACCUCGUUACCGAGGCUUAG